AUGUCUCAUUUACAGUAUUAUUCUUACGAUGGUGUCGGCAAAAGGAAUGUAGAGAAGUAUUCUUACAGCCAGGCCGUCCGUGUUGGCGAUCGAAUUGAAAUCUCUGGUCAAGGAGGAUGGCACCCUACUACCGGCGAGUUCCAAAGAGACGUUAAUGCGCAAAUCGAUCAGGCAUUCGCCAAUGUUGAGCGAACCUUGAAGGAUGCUGGCGGUAAAGGGUGGUCGCAGGUUUAUCGUGUUAAUUCUUACCAUCUCCCUCUCAACGACGAGGCGUUAGAGGCCAUGGUAAGGAAUUUCAAGACCUAUAUGCCUGAUCAUCAACCCCUCUGGACUACGAUUGGAGUAAGCAGGCUGGGCGAGGAUGCCAUGCGUGUGGAAAUUGAAGUGGUCGCGCACGAUCCCGAAGGAGCAAAAGCAGCAUCAAGCAAAUAAAGAUGGUGUUAGUAUGUAUCAUCGCUAGCUUGAAAUGAAAUCAAUAAUUGCUUCGU